AUGGUCUAUGGUGCCCACAAAAACCACCAAUGCAUCAGCCAACCUUCGUUCUCAACGGCAUCUCUUACCGGAGUGUUUCUGUUCUUCGCCGCAUCACUCCUUCCAGACUCCCAGGCCCCUUACCAACCGUCCCCGUCCUGUGGGUAUACAUUGGUGACAGCACUCAUCUUCGAAUCAGCAUUGGCGCUCAGCCAGACGGUACAGAUUGCCCGUUUCCCUCUCCUCUGUUCCCGCGACGCACUCGCAGCAUCAUCGCUCGCCCUCGCCUAUGGUCGGAUCGUUCUUCUGAGCGCAGCCUGGGCUAGCCUUGUCCUUGGCAAACGCAAGUCCUCUGAGUCAUCUCACGAGAGCCUACUGGGAACCAGCGGAGUCUCUGAGCGCGGUUAUGGCACUAUUGAACAAGCUCCCGAUGCGCAGUCGACGGAUUGGGUGGACUACCUCCUCGGCCUGAAGGAAAUCCUUCCCCUGAUUUGGCCCACCGGCUCGACUACCAUGCAAUUGCGGGCCAUCGUCUGCCUCGUCAUCCUCGUUGCCCAACGGAUCGUCAAUGUUCUUGUACCCUUGCAGCUGGGUCGUGUUGUCGCCACUCUGGGUAAAGAUCGGAUCCCCUACACGGAUCUUACCAUCUAUGUGGUCUGUCGCGCUAUCCAGGGUCAGCAAGGCGUUCUCGCAUCCAUACGUGCCAUGCUCUGGAUCCCUUUUGGACAGGCCACCUACCGCAAGUUGACGGAACGAGCUUUCCAACAUGUCCUGUCUUUAUCGUUGGAAUUCCAUCUCGGAAAGCGCCAGGGCGAAGUAAUGAGUGCUAUGAACAAAGGCAGCUCGCUCAACACUUUUCUAGACUCACUCAUCUUCCAGCUGUUCCCAAUGGUUGCAGAUAUUGGUAUCGCGGCCGCCUCCCUGCUUGUUGCCUUCGAUCCCUUCUACUCGCUCAUUAUCCUGACAGUGGGCGGUCUGUAUCUCUUUGUGACUAUCUAUAUGGCUAGAUACCGUGGGCGCGCACGCCGGCAAAUGGUACUUUGUGACCGAGAAAUUGAUGCGAUCAGGUCCGACGCCAUUAUGGCAUACGACGUGGUCCACUACAAUAGCGCAAUGAAUCAAGAACAUGAGCGACUCUCGAGCCAUAUUACCUCCUUUCAGACAGCCGAGUUCUCUGUGCUCAUGUCCCUCAAUCUAUUGAACACCGUACAAAACCUGAUCUUCACGGUAGGAGUUGGGCUGGUCUGUUUCCUCUCCGCCUACAAUAUCUCCACGGGCGCCGAGGAGGUUCCAAUGUUUGUCACAUUGGUGGCCUACCUGGCGCAGUUACAAGCACCGCUUAGUUUUUUCGGAAGCUUUUACACACAGAUCCAAAAUAACUUGAUUGACGCAGAGCGCAUGCUGGCUUUGUUCCACGAACAGCCCAUAGUCAUCGACAAGCCCGGAGCAACUCCACUUACGGACUUCAAAGGCCACAUCCAGAUCGAAGGACUCACAUUCGGCUACGACCCGCGGCGGUUAGCGGUGCAAGACAUUACCCUCGACAUCCAACCGGGCCAGUCAAUCGCGAUCGUAGGCGAGAGCGGCAGUGGAAAAUCCACGCUGCUGCGCUUAUUGUUCCGCUUCUACGACGUGACCAAGGGCCGUAUCCUCAUCGAUGGCCGGCCCGUGGACGACAUCACCAUCGACAGCCUUCGCCAGUACAUAGGAGUCGUGCCGCAGGAGACCAUGCUCUUCAACGAGACUCUGAUGUAUAAUCUUCGCUACGCACGCCCGUCCGGAACAGACGAAGAGAUCUACGCCGCAUGCCGCGCAGCCAGUGUGCAUGACAAAAUCAUGGCUCUGCCAGAUGGAUACCAGACGCGGGUUGGGGAGCGAGGCCUUCGGCUGUCCGGCGGCGAAAAACAGCGCAUUGCGAUUGCGCGCGUGCUGCUCAAAUCACCCCGGGUCUUGCUGCUGGAUGAAGCCACGGCCUCGCUUGACUCCGAGACUGAAAAGUCCAUUCAGGCAUCGUUGGCUAAAAUCAGUGUCGGGCGUACUACGAUCACUAUUGCUCAUCGUCUUUCUACCAUCACCUCUUGCGAUGAAAUAGUGGUUUUACACGAAGGCCGUGUCAUAGAGCGAGGGACGCACUCGAUUCUUGUGCAACAACGGGGGCGAUAUUGGCAACUGUGGGAUAAACAGCGUCUUCAGAGAGAGAAGGAGAAUUAA